AUGGGACGUAACGCGGGUAUUGUCUCAAAAACUCCUGGAAACUCACAAUAUGAAGUGAGGAGCAGAGUGACUGAGCACGACAAUCUAUCACUUUCUUCGGUCUACACCUCGGCGGCAGUCAACCAACGUUCCGGCUGUCUCUCAGUGCAAAAGUGCUAUCACACAGGGAUUCACCCCUUACUGGCUUAUGGCAGUCAUUGCACUCUAUGUUUUGCAUCAUCAGACUCUAGCAGCAACGGCGAUCUCCUCCUCCAUCGCACUGUUGUCGGCCACAAGACGCCAAUCACGGCCGUGGCUUGGAUACCGCCGUUCCACGGACCUGGUUGGUCCACCUUCAGUGGACAUCUUCUCUCUGCCUCGACUGACGGUACUAUCAAGCUGUGGUUCGUGGACAGUAGCAGUGAACGUGAAGUGACCUCAUUGCAACUCUCCACGACUGCUGCGCCCUCGGAGGCGUCAGUGGUGGCCCUACAUGGAUGCUAUCUGGACGAGACAGAGUCUAGGGUCUUCGUUGUUGCUGCCAGUCGCAGCAAGGUUUUCGGCUGGUCACUCAACCUGACG